CACGCACACACUUUUCCUAGCUAUACCAAUUGUCGUUGAAUUCUGAGAAACGAUCCAUAAGGCUUCAUACAUGACAAUGGCGUUGGCAUUGGCAACUGCUUUCCUAAUAAUUCUGCUGGCUACUCCAGCAGCCUACGCUACACAGUACGUGGUGGGUGACAGCGCAGGAUGGACCAAUUUCGGAGUAGAUUACAGCACUUGGGCCUCUGGUAAAACAUUCUCUGUUGGCGACACUCUUGUAUUCAACUAUGAUGGUUCCACCCACAAAGUAGCUGAAGUAUCCCAAAGCGACUACAACAGCUGCAGCGCCAGCAAUGCCCUCAAAACCUACAGCGACGGAAGCACAACAAUUCCCCUUUCCAAGGCUGGUUCUAUGUAUUUCAUCUGUCCUACUGCUGGUCACUGUAGCAGUGGCAUGCAGUUAUCUAUCAAUGUUGCCACUCCAUCUGGCUCCACCACCCCUGCUCCUCCAUCUGGCUCCACUACACCCUCAUCUGGCACCCCACCCACCACCGGCACCGCAUCACCUCCACCGCCGGCUAAUAAUGGAGCAGCUACCACUUUCUGUAACAUAAAGCAAUCGGAAACAUUCCAUUCUUUGGGCUCGCAAAGCUACAUGCAUGCCAUCAAAGACAUUCCCUGAGCUUUAUUUCAGUGAUAUUAAAGUCCUUCUCAAAUCUGUAAUAAAAAAAACACUACCUGCGCUGCGCAUUUCAUAAUUGACAGGCUUGUAUAAUCAGUAGGUCAAAACCCACAUCCUACUAAAUGAGCUGUUCUCUGAGUUGGUUUAUUUGUAACACCGGGAUCUAUGCCAAAGGUAAAAGAUCCAGAGGCAAGUGACACACAGCUUCGCGGAUUGAAAUACGAAACCACUUAUGCCUGGUUAUCAUAGUUAAUUCCAUAUUUCAUCCCUAGCAAUAGCUUAUCAGUACGUAGGAUAAUCAAAACUUCGCCACAAAACCUGUACAGAGCCAUCAAUGGCCAAUCUAGAACUGGUAUUGUUAGAAAGGUAGAUACCAAAACUUCUCUGCAUGAAGCACACAUUAUGAGAUUGCAAAAUUUGCAACCGCAUGCUGCUUCUUCUU